GGUAAGGCAGCAGACGUGGGUGGGGGACUGAGGGGUAAUUUUAACCAUGAGCGAGAGAUUUAGAGACAGACAGAAAGAGAGAGAGAGAGGGAGGCUGCGCUGUACGGCUGAGUGGCCGGAUCCGUCAGCAGGGCUUUUCUUUGCACUCAGGGAUCUUGGCUCGCAGCCCGACUGGCGUUUUUGUAAUCAAGGCAUGAUCCGGGACUCCAUGCGCUUCUUCCCUGAGCCGCGUCGGCUGCCUGCCGCUUGGAAAUAUCCCAGAUUCCCCUGCUGACAUGAACAGAACUAGCCCCACAGAGAUGAUGAUGAUGAAGAAGGAACACAAGGACGCAGAGCUGGAUAAGAAGAUUGAAGCCUUACGAAAGAAAAAUGAAGCGCUUAUGAAACGCUAUCAGGAAGUGGAGGAGGAUAAAAAGCGGGCGGAGCAGGAAGAGAUGUCAUUCCACAGUAGGAAGGGAAAACCUGAUGAUCUGACCAUCACCAUCAACAAAUCCCUCUGCGAUGAGCGUGUGGUGACCCAGAAAGUUGGAGGACUGAGAGAUGGAGGUCAGGAGAAGGACUGUGAUCCCGGAUCCAGUGUAUUCAGCAUCGGCAGAGGAAAGAGGCGGCAGCUGCUCAUCUCUACACCAGGAAACAUCAAGGGUAAGAAGGUUUUCGGCGAGAGGAAGGACAGAAACCGUCCUGUGAGUCCAGCUAGACUUAAAUCCUGUGUUGAAGAAGAUCUGGAGUCGAACACACGAGGAAAACAACCUGCCGCUGUAAAGAGACUCACAGAGGUGAACGCAGGAAAACAGGAUCAGUGGAGUCCAUGUGAAAGAUCUUGCAGUGUCCCGUCUACAGAACCGGUGGCUGACCUAAACCUGAUGCCGUCUGAGCAGGAGCAGCAGGAGUAUCUGCGCUGGAAGAAGGAGCGCGAGGAGAUCGACCGCGAGCGUGUGGCCCGUCACAAAAACUCCAAAGGCCAGUGGAGGAGAGCCUGGGACAUGGAGAAAACGGAGCUAAUGUUUUCUGAAAAGGAGCAUGGAGGAGUAUCAAACAGAGGAAGUCGAAAUGCCAGAAGAGGAAAUCUGAGAUCAGAAGAAUCCAGAGCUCGUCAUCAGGCGUCGGACAGAAAGGGGAAAAGCGUUUCAGUGGUUUGCAGUAAAGCGAAGGGUAAAGACCGUCUGACGGGCCGAGCGAGGAGGUGGGAUGCUAAAGAGCAGGAAGAACAUUUGCAGGUUUAUCCAGAAGGCAGCUUGCAGGAGUUUUUAGAGGAGCUUGACGCUCUUUGCGCUCCUGAAAAGAUCAAUCCAGAGACGGACACUGAAAACAUAAGGCCGUGUUCGUCUCAAGAGUCACUCAGAAGCACAGAGCACACACAAAACACCAGUGCUUCAGCAGAAACGCCUCAUCCAGAGCUCGUCUCUCUGAAAAACGUGGAGAAAAAGGUACGCUUUUCUGAAGACCAUGAGAAGAAGGAGCUGCAGACAAACACAAAUGGUUUUGUGGAGGAAAACAGACAAACAUCGACACAAAACAGCAGUGAAAAUCACACCGAGUCAGAUGCACUUACUGAAGAAAGGAAAACAUCGUGUCCUGAAGCUGGAGAUAUAUCAGCCGAAGCAGAUGAAAAACAACCCGCUGAACACAGCAAGAGCUGCACUGCUAGAGGAAACGAAGAGCUGCUGGACUCUGAUGUGUGUGUGCUGACUCUGGAGCGCAGUGAUGUUCAGCCGAAGUGCAGCAGUGUUCAGAUGGCAAAAGAGAACGGCAAAGUGGUUUAACAGGGGAAGUGAUGUCACUCACAUCUGGCGGGAAACUUCAUGCACUCAAACCAAAACAAACAGGAGGAGGAGAAUAUGAUGUUUGUGCAUGAACUCUGCAUUUCAGAGCGUCGUGUGGUUUACUGGAAGCUGAACUCUGGUAUAAACGGUAACGUUGUGAUUGUUCUGGUUGAUUUAAACCUAAAUAAAAGAUUGUUAAAGCUUCAACG